UGUAUUUAAAUGUGGAGAAUGGCGGCGAUGUGGAGAAUGGCAAAGAGCUUCUUCGAUGGGGCGAGAGCAGGAACAGUUUGCUAUUUUAAAGCGCGACCAUCUCGAUUUGCUUAUUCAAUCUCUUGUUUGCUAUCUAUGUUCUUCAUUCGCUCCACGUCUUCUCUUCGUAUCCCAGCGGUCAGGAUCCUCUUUCCUGUUACCCGAAGAAAACACUUUCCUUUUUUGACUUAUGUUUGGCACGCGAUAGAUCAAGCCAAGAGGGUUGAAGAGUCUGCUGUCGUCCGGAGAGCAUUACGGCCUGUGGAGUUUUUUGGAUUGGUCGAUAAAUUGAGGGCAGAUACGGAUGUUGAACGGCGUGUGUUGGAGUUAUCGUCGUCUCUGAAGCGGAAGCUUUCCAAUGAGAUUCUGCAGAGGUUGAGAUGGUGCUAAUUUGAUCGACCUGCGAGAAGUUCUCGGAUCAUGGCUUGCCGAGCAGUUAAAAGCCUUGAAGCAGGGAUUGCCAAUUUCAAAUGCAGAAUCUAGUAUGGU